AUGAAAAUAAUUUUGCAGAACUGUUCAACACCUGGAGAAUUUCACUUGGUGGCCUUUUCUAACUAUCCUCACCUUCAGCUUGUAUUUUUUAUUGGUGUAUUUUUUAUGUAUUUUAUGUGUUUACUAGGAAACCUCAUUAUUCUUAUACUUGUAUGUCUGGCUUCCAAACUCCAUACUCCAAUGUACUUCUUCUUGUGUAACCUGUCUGUACUGGACAUCAUCUAUGUCUCUGUCAUUUCACCAAAGCUGAUGGACAUUAUGAUAACGAAGGACACCAGCAUAUCUAAUUCGCAAUGCUUUUUUCAGUUCUUUCUUUAUGUCUUCUGUGUUGGGUCUGAGUUUUUCCUCUUAACAUCCAUGGCUUAUGACAGAUAUGUGGCAAUCUGUAUUCCUCUACAUUACAUCCUUCUCAUGAAUACGUGGAUAUGUUUCUUACUAGCACUUCUGUCUUGGAAUUUGGGUGCCUUAAAGGCCUUGGUGUACAUACUGCUAAUAUCAAACUUAUCAAUCUCAGAUUCCAAGAAGAUCAAUCAUCUAUUCUGUCAUAUGAUGUCUGUCUUGAAGCUUUCUUGUACUGACAGUACACAUAUCAAACUUUUAAUAAUGGUGAAUGGGAUAACUUUAGGAUUCAUUUGCAUGAUACUAUUUUUUUACUCUUAUAUACAUAUCAUGUCUACUAUCCUUAAGAUCAAAACAUCAUCAGGAAGGCAAAGGGCCUUCUCCAGAUGUUCCUCUCAUAUUACUAUUGUACUCUUAUUUUGCCUGUCAUCGCUCAUCUUGAACAUGAAAGCAGAAUCUGAACACUCCCAGGAGCAGGACAAGCUGCUGUCCAUGAUUUAUAUUUCUGUAGUUCCAAUGUUAAACCCACUGAUAUACAGUUUGAGGAAUAACGAUGUUAUAAAAGCUCUAAGAAACAUCAUUUAUAGUUGUUGUUCCAUCUAG